CAGCUCGCCCUCCUCAUAGUUACUUGCAAACGAGAAAGUCAUAGACCCGAAAGGAUGCAGGGACCUGAAGACGCGUCGCAGCUAUUAUAAGCUGUAGCUACUUCGUCGCUUCCCUAAAAGAUCUGCUGUCUCCAUUCUUCGUUCAUACAAUCCCCAUCCAAGUCUCCAAAAAUGUGGUCGACGCUAGUACUACCACUGCUUGCCUUUUCAUUGCGCACGGUAUCAGCCCUUCCUCAGGGUCGUCGAUGCAAUUGUGAAGAGCACCCGGUAUGCAUCAUUGGUGCAGGCCCUGCCGGUCUGGCUGCUGCCGGUCGUUUAGAAGAGAAGGGUGUCAAGGCAGUCAUGUUCGACCGUCAAGCGGAGGUUGGUGGUAAAUGCCAGGCUUGGUACGACGACCAAGGAAUCUUCCACCCACUCGGCGCCGCCUUCUUCUCGAAUGCGACAUACACAGACACCAUCAGCAUCCUCAACCAGACGAAUGUCUCCAUCGAACCCUUCGCGCUUGCUGGUGCGCGCGAAAUGUACCGCUACAACUAUACCACCGGCGACAUUUCCAUGAACCCCACCCUAACCCCGCAGUUUACUGCGCAGGUAUCCGCAGAAAUCCCGAGGUACAUUCAGCUGUGGAAUCAGCGCUUCCGACCGAUUAGUGUUGUGAACUACAAGAAUGGUGUACCAGACGAAUUCACCGUGUCGGGCGCAGAAUGGUUCCGCCAGAAUAACUUCACAGCGCUUCCUAUUCUCCUUGUCAACCCCGUUGCGCUUUAUGGUUAUGGCGACAUCAACAUUGUUCCAGCACUGUACAUCCUGCAGUACUUCGCCCCGGAUAUCCUCACGGCCUUUGUCGGCCUACACAGUGUAUACUACAUGGAUUUCCACAAGAUGUUCGUCGAGUACGCCAAGAACCAGCUGUGUAAGACGCCCAUUCACACCUCGUCCGAGGUCCGUUGCGUUGAUCGGUCUGGCGACCACCCUAUCUUGACAUACACCACUCCUGCACCCAAUGGCAGCUAUGUCACAUGGGAGAAGCAGGAAUGCUCCUCUGUCAUCUUCGCCUUCCCACCAAACAUGGACAACUUGGAGCGUAUUGGCGUAGAUUUGACUGAGCAGGAGCAUGAUACUUUCGCUAACAUCACGACCCACCAAUACUACUCUUCCGCGGUAGAGUUGGAGCUUCCCUUCGGAGUCUCCUAUAUCGCUGAAAGCGCCAACGAUACGGUUCCACCGCCAAACGACGGCGAGCCAGUAGCUGUUCUUCACCUGAGUCGCGAAUCCAAUGUCUCCGUUGCCUGGUCCUGGGGUCCUUAUGAGUUCCAAACCGAGGAUGCUGCACGGAACCUGCUCGUUGAGAGCUUGUCUGAGCUCAACAAGGAUCCGCGCAAUGCCACAGAGCCAUCCCAGCCCUUUUGCGAGGACGACGUCAAAGCUUUCAAGAAGUGGGAUUACUUCCCGCAUUUCGAAGGCAACGCGCUUUCUAGCGGCGCAUACAGUAAGCUUAACAAGCUUCAAGGCCAGAAGAAGACGUACUACGCCAGUGGACUCAGCGGCAUGGAAAUUGUCGAAUGGGCCAUUCGUGGUGGACGUGACGUUGCCGACACGUACUUCUAGGCUGAACUUGAUCACGAAUUUCUUUAUGUUGUUCAUUAGAUCACGAUCAUCAGGCUCAGUCUUUGGAUGAUUACUGAGCUGAGGAGAAACUUGUGCAUAUUGCGACAUGCACGUGUACAUUUGGAGGAUGCCUUUUUUUUUCUUUUAUAUUGUUAUGAUAUCACGGCAGAGGUUUUGUUUUCGCGCGCUUUAGACGAUGAUACCUACUACA